AUGCGGAUUACCCUGUUGGCCGUGCCCAUCGCUCUCUGUUUGACGACGACCCUCGCCCAACAGCCAACUCUUCCCGAUGUCCCUGGUCUCUCACUCGACGAUAACCCUCCAUGCGCACUGCCAUGCCUCCUAACAGGCCUCAAUCAAACGACGUGCCCCACGAAUGACCAAACAUGUCUGUGUCAGGACGACGGAUUCAUCAAAUUCGUGGAAGGCUGUGUCGCCUUGAGCUGCCCACUCAAGUACGCUAUCAUCACGCAAAAUAUCACUUGGACGGCGUGUAAUUUUCCUCUGCACAAUGAGGUUCCGAAAACAAAAAUCGUUCGGAUCGUCCUGUUUGCCUUGUUGCCCACACUCGCAAUUAUACUUCGACUAAUAACGAAAUUGGCUCGGCUAUCAACGUGGGGUUGGGAUGACUACACAAUUUUUGUGGCAUAUGGUUUACUUGUGACAUACGUGUCUUUGCACGUCUUCCUUGAGGAUAACGGUGCCGGUAGAGACCUAUGGACUCUCAGUGACCUCCAAAUCACCCACUUCUUCAAGGGCUUCUACGCCUUGCAAACUUUAUAUCAUGCCUGCAUCGACAUCAUCAAGGCAUCGAUCCUCUUCAUGUACCUUCGAAUCUUCCACCUGCCCGGCGAAAAGAUCACUAUUGCGUUGUGGGUUACACAAGCACUGAACCUUAUGAAUGGCAUCAUCUUCAUCUGCGUCGGCUUGUUCCAAUGCAGCCCUGUAAGCUUAGCCUGGACAUUUUGGACAGGGGAUGCAACUGGAAAGUGUAUCGACAUCGUUUAUCUCGCCCUGGCGCACGCGGGUAUCAACAUUGCGCUAGAUGUGUGGAUGCUCCUCCUUCCCCUGACACAAAUUUGGGGCAUGAACCUGGCUCGCCGCAAGAAAUUUGCAAUCAUGUUCAUGUUUAGUCUUGGUUUGUUUCUGACGGUCGUGAGCUGCAUCCGGAUUAAAGCCAUCUUGGAUUUCCGGAAAGACCCGCUGAAUCCUACCGUGGCUAUGAUGCCGAGUGUCAUAUGGACAGACCUCGAGCUGUAUGUGGGGAUUUUCACGGCCUGCAUACCGAAUCUUCGUCAAUUCUUUGUCAGGUUCAUCCUUCGACAGUCCGAAAAGAAGAAGCGCUUGAGUUCUGCUGCGGCCGAGUAUAGAAGCUCGUUGCUCACACCGAAAAAGGGUACAUCGUCACAACAGAUGAGCGAGCUUGACACGAUAGAUGAAAGCAGCCACAACAAUUCGCCAUAA